UAAGAAAGUUAGGUUCUGAAAAUGGUCACACUUGGCUAUUUUGUUGUUACGCGAGCGACUUUUUUGCUUUCAUUUCUGGCUAAAAUUAUCAAAGAAAUUGGCUAAAAUGUUGGCUCUACGCAGCUCCCAGAGACUGGGCUUACGAUCUUUGCUGCCGGCUGUCUACAAAAACGUGGGAUUGACCAACAGCUACUCCUCCUCCUCGCAGUCCAAAGACGACGACGGCGGCUACUCCUCUGACGAUGAAAAGCCGAAGAAAAAGGCACCCAAGAAGGUAGAGGAGACAGCGGCCCAGCGCUUGAACCGCCUGCUUGGCAGCAUGCAGGCCACAGACCAAAUGUCGGCCGCAGAUUUUCCACGUCCCGGCGAAGCCAAUCGUCGUCGCAAGGAAGCCUUGAAACAGGAUGCUGCAUCCAAAAAUGUCCUAACGGCAGCCAAAAACAUUGCCAGCAUGCUGGGUACCAGCGAGAGUGACAAAAAGCAGACAGAGUCCGAGCUGCUGGCCAAACUGUUGGGUCAUGGUGCCGCAGCUCCUCCAGCAGCGAGUGGCGAGGCACAGGCGUCAGACCCAGCCAGUGGAGGUGCCGCACCCGAGAAGGAGCUUAAUCUGAGCGAACUUAUUGUGGGCAUGAAGAUCGAUCGCCGCCAGCAGCCACAGCAGGUGGAACAGACACGUGGGGAGUAUGUGCGCCGCACCAUGGCCUCGCGCUCCAAGCAUUCGGAUCGCUAUCAGCAGCGUCCGCAGAGGCACACCAAACGCGAGGCAGAAUCCUUCACGGGCAGCGUCAAUCUGUUUGGCGGCGAGCCACUGGGCAUCUUCAAGGAACCCCUUCCGAUCUCAGGCGACAUUCUCUCCACCUGGUCGCAGCUGAGUGAGCGCGAACUCAGCCUCCAUGCUGCCCAUCCGCCGGCAAACUACUUCGAACAGAUGGUCCUGUGGACGGAGCAGGGCAAGGUCUGGCGCUUUCCCAUUGACAACGAGCAGGAUUGGGUGGAUGAGGUGAAUGUGGACUUCUCGGAGCACAUCUUCCUCGAUCAGCAUCUGGAGGACUGGUGUCCCAGCCGGGGGCCCAUUCGGCAUUUCAUGGAGCUCGUCUGCGUGGGUCUCUCCAAGAAUCCCUACGUGACGGCCCAGGAGAAGAAGGAUCACAUUAUGUGGUUCCGGGACUACUUUGAGACCAAGAAGGACAUCCUCAAGGAUCUGAUGGAGAACGAGCCCAGCGUCAAAGUCAAGAGUGUAUCCGCAUAAGCACCGUCGUAUUGUUGGAAUAUUUGUUAAAAAUAUAUUUUUUGCUUUAUAA